AUGCUGCCUAACUGCACCAGGAAAAUGGGCACGGGGGAUUAUCUCUGCAUUGCGAUGAGCGGAGGGGCACCUUGGGGCUUUAGAUUGCAAGGUGGCAAGGAGCAAAAGCAGCCUUUGCAAAUCGCCAAGGUCCGCAGCAAGAGCAAAGCAGCCAAGGCUGGACUGUGUGAGGGAGAUGAGGUGAUAUCUAUCAAUGGCAAGCCUUGUGGAGACUUAUCCUAUGCUGAAGUUAUUGUUCUGAUGGAAAGCCUGACUGACGUCCUGCAGAUGCUUAUCAAGAGAUCCUCCAGUGGAAUAAAUGAAAGCUUGAGUGCUGAAAAUGGAAAGCACAAGAACAUAAAAAAUGAGGAGGACUAUAGAGAGAGCACCACGCUGCAAAUUAACACAGCUAAAGAGAUCCCCCAUGGAGAUUUAUGCAUCACAGAGAUCUGCAGUGAGACUCACCAGGGAGCAAAAGAAAGCAACACAUACCUUUCUGAAACGAAACAAGAGACAACACAAAGCCACAGAAUUACUUCUAAAGUGAUAGGCACCUCCAAAGUGCUCAUGACGGAUGAGGCUGCUCUCAGAGGGAAGACAGAAGAAAGCAAGCCAGGUACUAUGGUUGAACUGCAGUUGUCCUUUGCAAAUGACGUGCAUAAGGACAUCAGUGGUCCUGCUGUGACUCUCUUAGGGGCAGAAAAAUGCACCCCUUCAGGAAGAGGACCCAGUGUACAAGAUGGGACUAGCCCUGUAAUCUCAGUUCCCCUGGGUGUGAAAGAGGGCAACAUCCAGUGGUCAAACAAAGUAGUCCAGUUUUCUAGUAGCAAAGAGGUCAAGAAGAUCCAAGGUGCAGCUCCAUCUAUCCCCAGGGUGGAGGUGAUCCUGGACUGUUCGGACAGAGAAAAGGAAGCACCCAGGUCUCUAGCUGAGAGGGGGUGUGUUGAUUCUCAAGUGGAAGGAGGGCAGUCAGAAGCACCUCCUUCCCUCCCCUCCUUUGCAAUCUCAGCAGAAGGCACAGAGCAGGGAGAGGACAACCGGCACUCAGAAAAGGAUCACAGACCUCUCAAGCACAGAGCAAGGCACGCAAGGCUCCGGCGAAGUGAGAGUCUGUCAGAGAAGCAGGUCAAAGAAGCCAAAUCUAAAUGUAAAAGUAUUGCAUUGCUGCUGACAGCAGCCCCCAACCCCAAUUCCAAGGGGGUGUUGAUGUUCAAGAAGCGUCGUCAAAGGGCUAGGAAAUAUACUUUAGUCAGCUACGGUACUGGGGAGCUAGAGCGUUACGAAGACGAGGGUGAAGAAGGAGAAGGUGAAGAGGGAGAUAAAGAAAACGCCUUUGAAGUGAGUUUGCUUGCAACAAGUGAAUCAGAAAUAGAUGAAGAUUUCUUCUCUGACAUUGACAAGGACGGUAAGAUUGUGACUUUUGACUGGGACAGUGGUUUACUUGAGGUUGAAAAGAAAACAAAAAGUGGAGAGGAGAUGCAGACGCUUCCAGAGAGCACAGGUAAAGGGGCCCUCAUGUUUGCCAAGAGGAGGCAGAGGAUGGAUCAGAUUACAGCUGAACAGGAGGAGAUGAAGACACACACAGUUCACACCGAGGAACGAAGGGAAGCCACCAUGUCAGAGAACUUCCAGAAAGUAAGCUCUUCAGUCUAUCAAACAAAACAGGAAGAAAUGUCAAGACAGCAGACCUGUGUGAGCAAAAGCUACACAGAUGUGAGCCAGAAUCAUAACAAAAUGGUACAACAAAAUGGCUUUGGCUUAGCACCAGACACAAACCUCUCUUUUCAGACCUCUGAAGGUCAAAAAGCAGCAUCUUUGAAUAAAACAGCUAAGCCCUUCUCUUCUGGGGUUCAAAACCGAGCAGCUGCACCAUUUUCACCUGUAAGAAAUGUCACUAGUCCUCUUUCAGAUAUACCAGCACCACCUCCUUACUGCUCCAUUAGCCCACCCCCAGAGGCUCUGUACAGACCUGUUUCAGCCCCUGUGGCCAGCAGAGCUGCCCCCUCUGUGUGGUCACACACUGAGCCCACAGAGCGCAUAGCCUCCAGGGAUGAAAGGAUCGCAGUGCCAGCCAAGAGAACUGGGAUACUACAAGAGGCAAAGAGAAGAAGCACUUCAAAACCUAUGUUCUCUUUCAAAGAAGCACCUAAAGUAAGUCCUAAUCCUGCCCUGUUGUCCCUUGUGCACAAUGCAGAAGGCAAAAAAGGUACUGGAGCUGGUUUUGAGUCAGGACCUGAAGAAGACUACCUCAGUCUGGGAGCAGAAGCUUGCAAUUUCAUGCAGACUCAAGCAUCUAAACAAAAGGCACCUCCUCCUGUUGCUCCAAAGCCUUCACUCAAGAUCCCUCCUGCUGCUGGUACUCCAGUUUCACCAGUUUGGUCACCUUCAGCUGUACUUCCUAACAAGGCUCCUUCUUUCCCAGCACCAGCCUCACCUCAGACAGCAUAUCCUGCACCACUCAAAUCUCCACAGGAUCCUCAUUCUCCUAUCCGUCCCCCAAGUACUCUUGACUUAGCUGGUCCUUUCAAAGGGCCUCAAGCAAUGCUAGCGAGUCCCAACCACACACCCAAGACACCAGUCACACCAGCUGCUGGAGAAACAAAGCCACCCUUUGAGAUGCCACCAGCAAUGAGUGGAAAAGGAGCACAGUUAUUUGCCAGAAGGCACUCCCGAAUGGAGAAGUACGUGGUAGAUUCAGAGACUGUGCAAGCAAACAUGGCACGAGCCUCAUCUCCAACUCCAUCCUUACCAGCCUCUUGGAAAUAUUCACCUAACGUCCGAGCACCUCCACCUGUUGCUUAUAAUCCCAUCCACAGCCCAUCCUAUCCUCCUGGUGCUACGAAGCCUUCUUCUAAGUCCGAUGCUGCUACCAAAAAUACAAAAAGAAAACCUAAGAAAGGUCUCAAUACUUUGGAUAUUAUGAAACAUCAACCUUAUCAACUUGAUGCAUCUUUAUUUACUUUUCAACCUCCUAGUACUAAGGAAAGCUUUGCUAUUAAGCAGACAUCGAAGCUGUCCACUUCAAAGCAACCUCUACCUUUUAGACCACCUCCUGCUGGCUCUCCUCCUCAUGCUCGGGCAUCUUCAGUGUACUCCGUGCCAGCCUACAGCACACAACCUUCGUUCCAGUCAAAUGCCUCUCUCCCAGUCAAUGAAUCCUAUUCACCUACAGGCUACUCUGCAUUUUCUAAGCCAGAAACCACCACGACAUCCUCUUUGUUUACUGCUCCGAGGCCAAAAUUUUCAGCAAAGAAAGCUGGUGUCAUUGCACAGGGAAGAAGCAGUGGACGCUCAUUAUCACUUCCUGGGGGACCACCUUCAUUCAUUUCUCGAGCCACGUCUCCUACUUCUCCUCUUAUAUUUCAGCCUGCCCCUGAUUACUUCAGCAAGCCUGACACAGUGGCUGACAAGCCUGUCAAGAGACUGACUCCCUGGGAAGCAGCAGCAAGAUCCCCUCUCGGCCUAGUGGAUGAAGCUUUUGGGCCCCAAAGUAUGCAGGAAUCCAUUGCUGCCAAUGUAGUAUCAGCUGCUCGCAGGAAAACACUUCCUGAGCCACCAGAUGAAUGGAAACAAAAAGUUUCUUAUGAGCCUCCAGCCCCAAGUCCUAGCCUAGCUUUGUUAGGAGGGAAGCAAGCGAGUAUUGUAUCACCCCGCAAAAGCUCCGUGUCUGCCCUAAGUGCCACCACGCAGGCUGGCUCUCAGCUGCAGUAUGCUUACUGCACUCAACAGUCCAGAACAGAGCCUGAUAUAAUGUCCAUGGAUUCCAGGUCUGACUAUUGCUUGUCAACAGCUGAUUCAAACUACAAUCCACAGCCAAGGGGAUGGAGGCGUCCAACAUGA